CAUACCCUUUGGUUUAUUAAUACUACUGCUAGGUCUAUACAAACACAAAAAUGAAAUAAAGAGACAAAAGACCCAUUUCAACAAAAAUAUUUAUAGUAACUUUUCACAAUGACAAAAAGUGGGAAACUGAGGCUGCCCAUCAAUUGUGGAAUGGCUGAUCAAGUUAAGGGAGCUGAUUGACUCAGAAUAUCUGAUUGUUGUUGAUGAGCAGCUUCACAGGGACUGUGUGGAAGGGGAACCUUAGGGUAUAGUUAACUAAUGUACAUUAGGGUGUAAUUAAUUAGUGGGUAAUCUGGACUCUUCCCCUAUCUGAAUUAGAUAAAGUUUGCUAAACAUUAUCAUCAAAAGGACUUAUUUUGUACCUAAAUAUCGCUGUCAGUCAGUCCCUGGUACAUAGGAACUUCCCACUGUAAUAAGUGAUCAAACAGGGAGUCACUUCUGUCAGAGAGGGAACCUGACUAGCCAAGCAGUAGACCAACCUUUGCAUUUGUGUAUGGUCAUUUUAUUAGGAUUAGAAUUCCUAAAUCUUUUUUAAAAAUUGCCUUUACUAUAUUAUUAUCAAUAUAUAAAUUGUGCUUUUGGUUGUGCUCAUUUCACUCUGCAUUAUUUCAUAAUAGUUUCCCCAAGUUUCUCUGGAAGGAUCUCCCCCACUAUUUCUUAAAGCACAAUAUUCCAUCAUAUUAUAUAUACCAGAACUUGUUCAGUUAUGCCUCAUUUAAUGGGAACUCCCUCAAUUUUCAAUUCUUUGUCAUUACAAAAAGCUAUGAAUGCUUUUAUACACCUUUAGAGUUUGUUUUGUUUACGACAAACUGCCCCUUUAAACUACUCUCCCGCUAAUUCUCCCCUUCUUCCCCCUUCUCUACUUUCUCUCCAAGUUUCCCCUCGAGUGAAAAUCACUUUUCAUUCUUUUUCUUUUCUUUCUUUCUCCUUUCUUAUGUGUUUGCAUUCUUCCCUCUCUCAAAAGAAAGGAGGGGGGGGGGGGCUGGAUCACCUCUAAGGUCCCUCCCAGUUUUAAGUUCUCUGAAAUCAGAGAUGAUUUAUUUUUGUCUAUGUAGUCCAUUCACUAAGCCUCGGCAAUAAUUUUGAUGUUCAGUUGGUUCAGUCCUGUGUACUCUUCUUGUUCUUAGGUAGAUUUUUUGCCAUUUCCUUCUCUAGUUCAUUUUACAGAUGAGGAAACUGAGGCCCACAGGGUUAAGUGCAUUGCUCGGGGUCACACAGCUGGUAAGUCAGAUUUCUUCCGGACUUUAGGCCCUGCACUUUAUCCACUCCACCUAGCUGCCCUUCUUUGCAGUAUUAGUGGUAAGCAUGCCUAAUUCCCACUUGUUAAACUAAACCCGAUUUGCCCGUGAGUAUCAGAAUUCACAUAAAUGCUUUUGGAAUGGAAUGGAAUAGUGGAAACUUGAGAAGGUGACCUUAGGGACUGGCAGUCCAGGUCCUCUUCUAGGCAUCGGCCUCCAUGAGCCUCUAAGGGGAGUCUGUUCCUCUGAUUGCCGAAAGGACGCGUCUAUUCUCUCAUCUGUAAAAACGAAUCUUAGUUUAGAGGUCCACUGAGGUCCGCCACAACCAGCCUGGGGAACGCAAGUCCUGGCCAGCCUCAUUUCCGAGUCUCGACCGCGCCCAAAGCAAAGCGCCUGUUUCUCCUUCGUCCGGGUUCAGUUUUCUGGCUCUCAGCCAAUGUCGUCUCGCUGAAUUGGGAGCCACGUUCCUAUUGGUGUGGGCGAGAGGUGGGGCUGGCCAUCUGGUUGGAGUGAAGGAGACUGCGCCCGGUGCUCUUCAGUCCCGUGUGUGGGUUCGAGGUCCUCCACGUCACCCUCUGCCGACCUCAGUUGGAGUCGCGCGGCAUCUCCCCGAGCUGCCGCUGUAGUCGUGGUACAUGGCGACGCUGGCUUCUCUCUUGGGCCGCGGGGCUCCCUCGCCUGGUUUGCCCCUCCGGAAGUUGCUGCGGGAAUUUAAAUAUGUGCACAGGAACUAUGCAUCAAAGCCCACUUUGAAUGAAGUGGUCAUAGUAAGCGCAACAAGGACACCUAUUGGAUCUUUUCUAGGAUGCCUUUCCACACUUCCAGCUACUAAACUUGGUUCCAUAGCCAUUCAAGGAGCCAUUAAAAAAGCUGGGAUACCAAAGGAAGAAGUCAAAGAAGCAUACAUGGGCAAUGUUAUUCAGGGGGGUGAAGGACAAGCACCAACCAGGCAGGCUGUACUUGGAGCAGGUUUACCCAUAUCUAUUCCGUGCACCACUGUCAACAAAGUUUGUGCUUCAGGAAUGAAAUCUAUUAUGAUGGCAUCUCAGAACUUAAUGUGUGGCCAUCAGGAUGUGAUGGUUGCAGGUGGAAUGGAGAGCAUGUCCAAUGUUCCAUAUAUAAUGAACAGAGGAGCAACUCCUUAUGGAGGAGUAAGACUUGAAGAUUUAAUUGUAAAAGAUGGACUAACUGAUGUCUACAAUAAAAUUCAUAUGGGUAACUGUGCUGAGAAUACGGCCAAGAAACUUAACAUUUCACGAGAAGAACAAGAUGCGUAUGCCAUAAAUUCUUAUACCAGAAGUAAAGCAGCAUGGGAAACUGGAGUAUUUACAGAUGAAAUUACUCCUGUUACAAUUACACAAAAAGGUAAACCAGAGACAGUGGUAAAAGAAGAUGAAGAGUAUAAACGCGUUGAUUUUAGUAAAGUCCCAAAGCUGAGGACAGUUUUCCAAAAAGAAAAUGGCACAGUGACGGCUGCCAAUGCCAGUACACUGAAUGAUGGAGCAGCUGCUCUGGUUCUGAUGACAGCAGAUGCAGCCAAGAGGCUCAACGUUAAACCGCUGGCAAGAAUUGUAGCAUUUGCAGAUGCUGCUGUAGAACCUAUUGAUUUUCCAAUUGCACCUGCUUAUGCUGUACCAAAGAUACUUAAAGAUACAGGAUUGAAAAAAGAAGAUAUUUCAAUGUGGGAAGUAAAUGAAGCUUUUAGUGUAGUUGUAUUAGCAAAUAUUAAAAUGUUGGAGGUUGAUCCCAAAAAAGUAAACAUCAAUGGAGGAGCUGUUUCUUUGGGACACCCAAUUGGGAUGUCUGGAGCAAGAAUUGUUGUUCAUAUGGUCCAUGCCUUGAAGCAAGGAGAGUAUGGUCUUGCAGGGAUUUGCAAUGGAGGAGGUGGUGCUUCUGCAAUGCUAAUCCAGAAGUUGUAGAAUAAUGGAGCAAGUACCCUCAUAUGUAUAUGUGAUUGGAAGCACUGACCAAUUAACAGUGUGAAAAGUAUGGAUGCUAAAGCUUCUCCAAAUCACUUUAACUUUUAUGAUUAUUUUUUUAUAUUCUAACUUUUAAAAAUUUGAAAUAAAUCACAAAGCCUUUUUUAAAAAUUGUAUAGUACACAUAAAUUUUGUCAUCACAUUGAUCAUCCAAGCCAUUUUUAGCACAAAAGGGCAUUUCUAAAGGCUUUUCAGUUUCCAGGAAGAUGAUCUUGGGCAUGAUUAUUCAACUGAAAAGCACUGAACUUCAAAAUGGAUUUUCAGAAUUCUUCAGUGCCACAGUGGCAGGAGCAUGCAUAUGAGUGACUUCCAAAAAACUUGACUUUCUUUUGGUAAAAUAGUUAUGAAUUGAACUUUUAUUAAAGCUUUGAAUUUUUCACUA